UCAAAUCAUGUCACGAUUGUUAAUAAACUUAUAGCUGAUGGGGCCGAUGUGAAUGCUGCCGACAAUGAAGGAAUGACUGCAUUAGCGCAUGCAGUAGGUCACAAACAUGGUUCAACCAGCGUUCUAUUAGUUGGAGGUGCAGAUGUGAAUGUUUCAGAUAAUAAAGGGAGGACAGUUUUAAUGCUUGUAUCGAAAGGCUCCUUAGACAAGGAAUUGAUAUUGGCCAUUUUGGAAAAGGUUUCAGAUUUAAAUGCUCGCGAUAGGGAAGGGAAAACAGCUCUCAUGCUGGCGGCAAAGUCCAACAACAGUUUUCUCGUGGAAAGGAUUCUUAGUGCUGGUGCAAAUCCUAAUUUUGCAGACGAAGAAGGGAAGACAGCUUUAAUGCUUGCGGCUGAGAGCAGUUGUUACUCGGAUGUUGUGCAAACACUAAUAGAUUAUCAUGCCGACGUUAACUCGGUCGAUAAAAAAGGAAAGACGGCUCUGAUGUUUGCAAGUAACAAUGUUAAUUAUAGAGUCACACAGGCAUUGAUUAGGAAUGGUGCUAAUUUACAUAUGAAAGAUGAGGAAGGGAAUACAGCAUUAAUGAUCGCGGCGAUGGCUCCCAACGGUGCUGUUUUACAAAUUCUGAUAGAUUCCGGUGCACAAGUGGAUGUUGCAGAUAAUCUUGGGAGGACGACUUUGAUGUAUUCAACAAGGAAUCUAUAUGAAGAGGCGCUCCAAAUUUUGUUGCAGUUUGGUGCAAAUGCUAAUACCAUUGACAAAGAAGGGAAUACUGCUUUAAUGUUCGCAGCCGACAAUCCAAAUGAAGUGGUCGUACAGAGUUUGAUCAAAAGUGGCGCUGACGUUAAUGUAGUAAACAAAGAUGGAAAAACAGCACUGAUGCUAGCAGCAAAAGAAAAUCGUAAUCCCAAAGUUGUAAAAGCGCUGAUUGACGCAAGUGCAGACACAAAUGCCACUGAUCGAGAUGGAAAGAGUGCAAUUGAUUAUGCAUCUGCCAACGAAAACGAAGCUGUGCUCGAGGUUUUCAAUGAUGAAUAGAUUCGUUAUUUUAGAUUUUAUUUAGAUUUUAUUAGAUUUAUUAGAUUUUAUUUUAGAUUUUAGAUUCGUUAUUUUAGAUUCGUUAUUUAAGACUUUGGCCGAAUGAGUUUGAACACGUACUAACUUUUACUUUAAUAGAGGGGAAUGGUUUGGAAACCUUUUGUUGUACUUCAUCUUUUGUAUGUAUUUUGAGGUUGAGUCAGUCAAGACCAUGCACAAAUUCUAACGGACGAUUGAAGUUGCAAAAUGAGUGAACAUAAACACUCUCUAUGAGAUUAUGAAAUGAAACAUUCCAAUAUUGGUUAUUUAUUUCCUUUUGUUUUGCAUU